AUGUUCGCAACACACCCCGUCCCCUCCUCCCCUUCCACACCCUUCCGCCAAACAGGCCACUACACGCCCGGCCGCCCAUCGCCUCUAGGCCCGCGCAGCUCGAACAUCGCCACACCCCCAUGGACAAUGGGCUCCCCCUCGAGCGCUUUACAGCCUCAGAAGCCCACCGGCCACGACGAGAACGCGCAGUUCUCGCCACUCUCCCUCCCAACCUUCUCCAUUCACAAUGAGCAACCGCACCACCCCACCCAGAACCAGCACCAGCACCAGCAGCAGCACCAGCACCAGCAGCAGCAUCAGAACCAGCACCAGCACCAGCAUCAGAACCAGCAUCAGAGCGCCGGGCAGACGACGCAGCCGUCUCCGAGCUUCGUGAACAUCGCCUCCUCGCCCGCGCCCCUCACCUUCCCUGCCUCGACGUCGCACCAUUCCACGGUACCCUUCCCAACAUCUCCCUCGCCCUCCACGCGCCCCGGCUACGCAGACCGGUAUGCGGCGCAGGUCGCCAAUCCAAUGCGCAGCACGACGUCGCUGGCGCGUUCGAAGACGCGCAAGAUGUUCCUUAACCGUGUCAAGACCGAGCGCGACGCGGGCCGGUUCGAGGCGCGUGGCGAGCAGAUGAUGAUGGCGGAGCAUUUGGCGGAUAAGAGGCGGUGGGAGGAGAGUAUGGCGCGCGAUGCAGAUAGGAUUAUGCGUGGACUGGAGGUGGAUUUCGAAGAGGAUGAUAUGCUUCCUGAUGACGCUGAGCUUCGUGCGCUAGAUGAGUUUGUCUCGCAGGAAGAGGCGAUGGAGAUGGCACUGCGGGAGACGUUGGCGAAUGGGCAUGGGCAUGGGCAUGGGCACCGUCUGGCGCAGCCGGAUGUUCCGUUUAGUGAUGCCGAGUACGAUGAUAUCUUCAUGCACAUGCCUGAGCCUACGCAGGACAUGGAUAUGUCGUGA